GAGAGCAAAAUAGAUUCAGAUUCUAGUGAGAGAGAGCAAACACUAGUGCUAGUGAGGGAGAGAAGCUAUGUAAACAAAAAACAUAGCCAUGUCUUCAAACAAUUCUUCAACACUUUCUAAUCCUCCUAUGUUCACGAGAGAAAAUUACAGUGUUUGGGUUAUCAAAAUGAAGGCCUUUCUAAAAGGUAAUGGUGUGUUGGAAUCUGUAGAAGAUGGGUUUUAUCCUCCUAUGCUGCCAAACAAUCCAACUGCAGCCAAAAUGAAGCAACAUGCUGACUAUGUUCAAGCCUUAUACAAAGCCCUCUCAUAUAUUCAUAGUGCUGUAACAGAUGAUAUUUUCUCAAGGAUCAUGGUAGCAGAAACAGCACAAGAAGCAUGGGAUACUUUUAAGAAAGAGUUUGAUGGCAGUUCUCGGGUUAAAGAUCGAAGGGUGGUGGAAAAGAUUAUUGUUAGUGUACUAGAUAAAUUUGAGUCUAAGAUUUCUGCCAUAGAAGAAUCUUGUGACCUCAAAGAGCUAACCAUCACUAAGCUCAUAAGCAAGCUUCAGGCUCAUGAGCAAAGUGGAUGCACUAAUCAUAUGGCUCGAGAUGAAAGUUUCUUCAUUGAAAUGGACAAAUCAGUUAUUACAAAUGUCAAGUUAGGAAAUGGUACUGUGGUGAGAUCACAAGGGAAAGAUACUACUGUUAUUCAAAGUAAAACAGGCAAGAUGCAUAAAUUGCCUUUUCCUGUGAAUAAAUCCUUGAGAGCAACUCAGAAGCUUGAACUGGUGCAUACAGAUAUUUGUGGCCCUAUGAGAACACCAUCUCUCAGCCAAAACAGAUAUUUCAUCCUCUUUAUAGAUGACUUUACAAGAAUAACAUGGGUAUACUUUCUUGGUAGCAAAGGUCAAGCCUUACCUGUGUUCAAAAACUUCAAGGCUUUGGUUGAAAACCAAAGUGGAUGCAGAAUUAAAAAGCUUAGAUCAGAUAAUGGCAAGGAGUAUACCUUCAAUAAUUUCAACUUGUUUUGUGAAGAAGCUGGUGUUGAUCAUCAAUUAACAGUGUCUUAUACCCCACAACAGAAUGGCAUUGCAGAGAGGAAAAAUAUAACCGUUAUGGAGAUGGCAAGGUGCAUGUUAGCAGAGAAGAAAUUGCCCAAAUCUUUUUGGGCUGAAGCAGUUUAUACAGCAGUCUAUCUCUUAAAUGGUUUACCAACAAAGGUGAUAAAAGGCAUGACACUUAUUGAGGCUUGGUAUGGUCAAAAACCAUCUGCUAAUCAUUUGAAGGUUUUUGGCUCAAUUUGUUAUAAUCAUGUUCCAGCAACUAAAAGAGGAAAAUUAGAUGAGAAGGUGGAAAUUGGGAUCUUUAUAGGCUAUGCAACACAAGCAGAAGGCUAUAAGGUGUAUGAUCCUAUAUCCAAGAAGGUGAAUGUGCAUAAAGAUGUUGCUUUUGAUGAGAGUGCACACUGGAAUUGGGAUGCAGGGAAGAUAGAAAAAGGUUCAAAUAAGCAAUGUGAAGUUGGUUCAGAUGUUGCUUCCAGUUCUGAAAUUGCAGAAGUUGAUGAUGAUUCAUCGGUUUUGAAAACCAAGUCACUAACUGAUAUUUAUGCAAGAUGUAAUUUAGCUACUGCAGAACCUAAUUGUUUUGAAGAAGCAGCUAAACAACAGGCCAGACUUGUUGUGAAGGGGUAUGCUCAACAGCCGGGAGUCGAUUAUGGAGAGACUUAUGCUCCGGUGGCCAGACAUGAUAUAGUAAGGCUUCUAAUUGCAUUAGCUGCUAAUUUGUGUUGGAAGUUGUUUCAUAUGGAUGUAAAAUUAGCUUUCCUUAAUGGUGUUUUGCAAGAGGAAAUUUAUGUUGAACAACCACCUAGAAUUGAUCACUACUUGAUGAGUCAAGGCUUCAGGAGGAGCACAGAAGAAGAAACUUUGUAUGUGAAAGGAAGCAGCAGUGAAUCACAACUUAUUUUGUCACUUUAUGUGGAUGACUUAUUGUUAACCGGAAAUGAUUUGAAGUUGUUGGAACAAUUCAAGAAGAGAAAGUAUGCACUGGAUAUCUUGAAGAAGUUUGAAAUGGAGAACUGCAAACCAGUUUCCACUCCACUGGUUCAAAAUGAAAGGCUUUCCAGGGAUGAUCAAGAAACCAAGGUUGAUUCCUCUUACUAUCGCAGUUUAAUUGGUAGCCUGCUUUAUUUAAUUGCUACAAGACCUGAUUUGAUGUUUGCAGCAAGCUAUUUGUCAAGGUUUAUGUCAGCUCCUAGUAAACUUCAUUUAGUUGCAGCCAAGAGAGUUCUUAGGUACAUCAAAGGAACCUAUGAACUUGGCUUGUGGUUUGACAGUAAUCAACAAGGAAGUUCAGGGAGUUUCUUUGGGAAUUCAAAGAAGCAAGAUGUUGUAGCUCAGUCCACAGCUAAGGUCGAAUAUUUAGCAGCUGGAGUAGUAGCGAAUCAUGCUAUUUGGCUUAGAAUGGUGCUUGAAGAACUUGGUUUUAAUCAAAUUGAGUCUUGUGUACUCAAAGUAGAUAACAUGUCAGCAAUUGCUAUUGCUCAAAAUCCAGUGCAGCAUGGUAGGACCGAACACAUCAAGAUUAAAUACCAUGUUAUCAGAAAUGAUGUUGGGGACAAAGAGAUUGUUUUGCAACAUUGUGAUUAUGAAGUUCAAGUCGCAGAUAUUCUGACUAAAGCUCUUCCGAGGCAGAAAUUUGAAGAGUUCAGAGAUAUGCUUGGAGUUACAAAUAUAAAAGCAAGGAGGAGUGUUGAAGAUAUCAGUUAACAGCAGUUAUGCUUUUUUAAUUUGUAACUUUUUUUUUUUUGUUUUCUGCAAUUAGUUCUACAAGUUAGCUGCAUUAGGAGUAGUUAUUUUUAUCCUUUAUGCAGAAACUGUAAUGUAUAAGUUGCAUAUAUUCAGCAACUCCUUUUGUAUGUCAGUUAUCAAUCUGAAAUGAAACAGAGCUCCACAUCCGAGAAGCUCAUAAAAUCCAGAUUAGUGUGUUCUUUAGUUUACUGCAGAAAUUAACAAGAAUAAACUGCAAAUUUUGAA